UCACGUGCAGCGCACAUAUUUGUAAAAGCAGAUACCGGAGGAGAAGUGGAGUUCACUCAUCUGCCAGUCCUCUGAUUCUCUUCUCCCUUUUGUACACACCCAGUGAAAAGCCUUUAGAUCUGGCUUUGUUGGAAUGAUUGUCAGUGGCUUAAUGAGCUUUUUUGCCAAGUGAGAGGCUUUGGCAACAUAUGUCUCUACACUUCCUCCCAGUUCGUUUUGCAGGGGACACGACACAAGCGCUCUGGUCGAGAACUGUCCCUGGAUAUCGUCACACAUUACGCUGCCUGCUCCGCUUUUCCUUGGACUGGCUGCAUGCGAGAGGAAGGGUUUUUCAUAGCUGUGACGGAAACUCGCUGAAAAUGAAGUCCGCUCUUGUCCUGUGUCUUUGCACACCGUCUGAGAUGAACUGAGGGCCCGGAGGGAGCAGCACUGCGGUUCGGUCUCGAGACUCCCAAGUUCUCCGUCAGCUGUUAGCGAUGAGGUUGCCGCUGGACGCUGGCGUGGCUGUCCUUUUGGGCGUGGUUUCUAGCAUCAGCAUCUUUCACUUUGCCUGUGCCCUUGACAUCCCUCUGGAGGUUUUAGAUCACGUAAACAUUGAGCAGCUGCCCACCAUCACUGCGCAGUCUCCCAGCUCUCUGAUCGCAUUCCCUUUUGACGAGAGCUUCUCCAUGAAAUGUGAGGCCAAAGGCAACCCUGAGCCAAAAUACCGAUGGACAAAAAAUGGCCAUGAGUUUGACCCAUACCAGGAUGCCAGACUGAUAAAAGACGGAAACUCUGGGACAUUUGUGAUCCCAAAUAAAGGAAACCUCAUUCAGUACCAGGGAAAGUACCGCUGUUACGCCUUCAAUGAACUGGGAACAGCCAUAUCUGAGGAGAUUGAAUUCAUUGUGCCCCUUGUUCCGAAGUUCCCAAAGGAGAAGAUUGAUCCGAUUGUAGUGGAGGAAGGUCAGUCAUUCAUUCUGGAAUGCAACCCCCCCAAAGGUAUACCUCCACUCCAGAUCUACUGGAUGACCUUAGGUCUCCAGCACAUUGAACAGGAUGAGAGAGUGUCAAUGGGCCUCAAUGGAAACCUCUACUUUUCCAACGCGCAGCUGAAGGACAGCCGCACAGACUACUGCUGCUACGCUGCCUUCCCCAGGAUACGAACCAUCGUACAGAAAACCGCUAUGUCCGUAAUCGUCCGAAGCACCAAGUCUAUUAGUGACUCUGAGUCCGAUAGCGAUGAUGGUGCAAACAAAAUCCUUGAGAGAAAACCCAGUCUUCUGAUGCCGCCUCGUGGCCAGACAGAGAUAAGUCUAGUGCACGGGGACAAGCUGGAGCUAGAAUGCAUUGCAGAGGGAUUUCCAACUCCGAGCAUUGAAUGGAUUAAAAUUGGAGAGAGGCUGACUGACCGAGCAAGUGUGGAUAACCAUGGAAAACUCCUGACAAUACCCGGGGUCCACGGGGACGAUGAGGGCAAAUACAUGUGCAAGGCCAAGAACCCCCACGGUGAAGCUGUCCACUACUUUCAUGUGACAGUUGAAGCGCCUCCCAGGUGGUUGUCUGAGCCAGAGGACCAGUUGGCUACAAUUGGCUCGGAUGUGUACAUUAAGUGCAUGGUCUCAGGUUUACCUCAGCCCACCAUCACGUGGACAGUGAAUGGACAGCUUCUCAAGGAUGCCCCAGCAUCCAACAGAAAAGUGCUUGAAGACACCAUUUUUCUGCACAACGUCAAAGCUAAUGACAGUGCAGUGUAUCAGUGUGAAGCAUCCAACAGGCAUGGCACCCUCCUGGCCAAUGCCAAUAUCAUGGUCAUGAACCUCCCCCCUAUGAUCCUGACAGAAGAUUAUCAGGAGUAUGCAGCGGUGCAGGGGAAGAGUGUUGUCAUGCACUGCAAGGUCUUCAGCUCUCCGCCCUCCACCAUCUCCUGGACCAAGGAUGACACUACAAAUUCUGUAGAGGGCCCCAGAGUCACUGUUCAUGAGAAUGGCUCAUUGGAGAUCCACAGUGUUGAAAAGGAGGACAUGGGACAAUAUUCUUGUUUCGCUACGAACACUGAAGGCAAAUUUGCCAUCACUGCCAUCUUGGAUAUAAAAGAUCCUACACGAAUAGUGGAGCCACCUCAAGACCUGCGCAUUUUGAGAGGCACCACCGCCCAGUUUUCAUGCCAGGCUGAAUACGACAGGUCCUUUCGAGGUGACCUUGAAAUACUGUGGCAGAAAGAUGACGCAGAGAUAGUUUUCAACCACACUGAGAAUGCUGGGUACCUUGUGGAGGACGGGAUUUUGCAGAUCAUCAACGUGAGCCAUAAAGACCAGGGCAAGUACGUGUGCAUAGCCAGAACCCCACUGGAUGAGGACACAGCCUCUGCACAGCUCAUUGUGCUUGAUGUCCCCGAUGCCCCAGAGGACGUGACGCUGUUCGAGCAUAAGAACAGGAGCGUGAAACUGAAAUGGAUCCCUGGGGAUGACCACAACAGCCCCACAAAUGAGUUCAUUAUCGAAUAUGAGGAGAACCAGUGGGAGCCGGGGCGGUGGAAAGAACUGCUGAGGGUUCCAGGAAACCAUGCCUGGGCGCUCCUCAAAUUGCAUGGCCAUGUCAACUACCAAUUCCAUGUGUCUGCUGUCAAUGCCAUUGGGAAAGGAGCACCCAGUGAGCCGACAGAAAGAUACAGGACUCCUCCCACAGCUCCAGACAAGAACCCUGAAAAUAUAAAAAUUGAAGGUCAUUUGCCCCAUGAAAUGGAUAUUAUCUGGGAGCCACUGCUUCCCAUCGAGCACAAUGGCCCUGGUUUGGAGUACAAGGUGAGCUACAGACGCCUGGGUGUAGACGAGGACUGGAAAGAGCAAGUGGUCAAAAGGCAUUCCUUCAUUGUGAAGAACACCCCCACCUUCGUCCCUUAUGAGAUAAAGAUCCAGUCUCACAAUCACCAGGGUUGGGGACCGAAGCCCAAAGUGGUGACAGGCUACUCAGGGGAGGACUUUCCUGCUGCAGCCCCAGAUGAUGUAGCUGUGGAGGUGCUGAACAGCUCCUUGAUCAAGGUCAGCUGGACGCGUGUUCACAAGGACAAGCUGCACGGGCACUUGGGAGGAUACAGGGUCAACUGGUGGAGGCUACGAAGCCUGUUGAACUCGGAGAACGUCCAUGGGGAAAAGCAGUCACUAACAUUUCCUGGGGACAGGAAUCAUGGGAUGGUCCCAGGCCUGAAGCCUUUCUCUGAGUACAGCCUGACUGUCAUGGCUUUUAAUGGGAGGGGGAACGGUCCCGGUAGCCACCCUGUCACCUUCAGGACUCCAGAGGGAGUUCCUGAGAAAAACCCUAUUCUGAGGGCCACCAAUGCCCAGAAGGAUUCCAUCACACUGGUCUGGGCACCUCCUCUGGAAGCCAACGGCAUCCACACAGGGUACCUCCUACAGUACCAGCUGAUCAAUGACACUGCGGACGUAGGAGAGAUGCACACUGUGAACAUCACCAGUCCCAACACAAGCAGAUGGGUGCUGGAGAGCCUGGAGCCUCUCAGCAGGUACAAGUUCUACCUGCGAUCCUGCACCAGAGUGGGCUGCGGUCCCCCAGUUAGUGAGGAGGGCUCCACCGUUCUGGAAGCACAUGUCUCUUCUUCUACAGCUGUGGCACCUACUGUCGACCUCAGGCAGUCCUCCACACAGCCCUCUCCAAGUACCCCCAUAUCUCCUGUGGCCAAUGCCACACUUUCUUCUUUAGUCCCGAUCCUGUACAAUAUUAGCUCUUCCGUUAGUGACAACUUUGCAAAAAUCAGCUGGAUUCUGGGGAACGAGCAAAAGGAGACAGAGUUUUAUGUUGCGUAUAUGAACAACCGUAAAGGUAACUGGAAGAUUUCAGAGGCAGUAAACACGUCUAAGAGUUUCCACAUCAUUGAGGGGCUCGAACCUGGGACUGUGUAUACAGUGCGGCUUAUGACUAAGAACUGGGUUGAUAAUUCUAGUAUUUUUGAAGAUGUUAUCAGGACCAGAGGGACAGGAUUGGCCAGCAUACAUGGUGGAAUAUCUACACAGGGCUGGUUUAUCGGGUUAAUGUGUGCGGUGGCCCUCCUCACUCUUAUCGCGCUAAUCGCCUGCUUCAUCAACAGGAACAAAGGGGGGAAGUAUUCAGUGAAAGAGAAGGAAGACCUUCAUCCAGACCUGGAGUCCCAGGGCAUCAACGAUGACACUUUUUGUGAAUACAGUGACAAUGACGAGAAGCCACUGAAAGGAAGCCUUGAGUCUCUCGGUGGGGACAUUAAAGCUGCCGACAGCGGGGACAGUCUAGUAGACUAUGGAGAGGAGGAUGGCCAGUUUAAUGAGGACGGGUCGUUCAUCGGCGAGUAUGCAGGGCGCAAGGAGAGGGGAUCCAUGGAAGUCAAAGGAACGACUCAAAUCACAGCCUGAGGGAAAGGGAACACAAUCCAUCUUUAGGACAACACUGUAAUGCAAUUUGUGGAAGGCAAAAAAGGAAAUAAAUGGCUUAAUCUAUGUGAAGCACAAUUUCAAGUGAAAAUUAAUGUGUUCUUGUCAGCCACACUGCCAUCUUGACUCUUUAUGGCUCAGUGCCUGCAUACUGUAACAGAUUUGUGAUCAUUGACAAAUUUAUCUGUGGGUUGUUUUGUAUUACAAUAGAUCACUUCAGACCUUUGAGUCAUGACCAUUUAUUCAAAUGCAGCAACUGUUUGUACUCCACUCAAAUGUAAGAACAAAAACACACAUAUCCUGUCUUUUUUUAUCUGCUAUGCAGCCAGUUUUUUUUUUUUUUUACCCUCUACUUUCCUGUGCUCAUUUUUCACUUUAAAGCAUGCAAGUGUAUGUGAAUAUAUGAACUCAGCAUUUUUCAGUUGCAGCAAAUAUUCUUAGUUUAUAUUUCAGAGGCAGGCAUUAAAUGCAAUGUGUUAUGUGUAUAAAAGUUGUUUCCUACUAAAUUAUUCCCGUUAAAGUUACACACACUCAAAAUUCUAGACAAGGGCUAAGUUGCUUGAAACCUUUAGAAUAUAUACAAUGCCUUUAUACCACAAGUUUGAAAAGAGGUUUUAGUGUAGGCAAAGGAUGAUUUCUCUGAACAAGCAAGCAGGAAUCAAUUGGUCCAUAUAGUUUAGUUUGUGUCAUUUUUGUUGUUAAUA